AUGGUCACCACCAUCAACGAACAACUGACCAGACUGCUGGCGCAAAUAAAUGCGCUGAACUUCGACAAUGCCCGCCCUUCACGUCAGCAAAGCAGGAGUUGUCGAAGAUCGAGUUCGAGACAAAGAUCGCAACAGCCCGGUCUCUGUUAUUAUCACUCAACGUUCCAGGAUCGCGCGAAGAAGUAUCGCUCCCCAUGCACCUGGAAUCAGAAACGGGAUCAGCCGUCCAUAAACGCGACAAAAGAUGACGGCUUGGGAACCGGCCGUAUCUUCGUCACGGACAAAACGACGAAAAUUUCAUUCUUAAUGGACACCGGUGCCGACACAUGUGUGUAUCCACGCAACAAGGUACGCGAACCCGCGAAUAAAAACGACUAUGAACUGAUUGCAGCCAAUGGAAAGCGGAUUGCGACGUAUGGCACCAUCACCGUGUCCCUCAACCUAUCACUACGUCGAGCCUUCAAGUGGCGUUUUGUAGUUGCCGAUGUGCAAACGCCCACUAUUGGUGUCGAUUUCCUGAGCCAUUAUGGGUUGUUCGUAGACCCACAAAAUAAAUGGCUCCUCGACACGAUUACACAACUGUCGACAAAGGGAUUCGCCGCUAUAGCCGACGUAGCGUCAAUCAAAACCAUCGAUGGAGAAUCACCGUACCACAGACUACUGGCGGAAUUCCCAGAUUUAACGAGACCGCUCGUUUUCCGGAGAAGUUCUCUACGACAAGGUGUGCAGCAUCAUAUCAAGACGACGCCCGAACCCCCCGUCCACGUGAAACCAUACCGCCUCGCCUCCGACCAACUCAAACUGGCGAAGGCUGAAUUCGGAGUCAUGAUAGAGCAAGGCAUGAUGCAGCCAUCGAGAAGCCCAUGGGCAUCACUCUUGCACAUCGUUCCAAAGGAGGACGGAGGGAUUCGACCUUGUGGUGACUAUCGGGCAUUGAAUGCCCGCACCAUUCCGGAUAGAUAUACACCGCACAUAGAAGACUUUGCGCAGAAUCUGUAUGGCCACCACCGACCGCCAUUAUGACCAGGGUACAUUGUGGCUGUGAUUCGUACCGUGCUGGGUAAAAUACGUUGAACGAUAUCGAUGGAACUACUACGUGCUUCGUGUUUUAUGCGAACGAAGACGUGCAGGUCAGCCUGCCAGAAAGGUUAAGGCCCUCGUGUUCCAAGGAUAUGGCUUUGUCAUGGCUUCUUAAUUUUACGUUACAUAAAGUUAUAUGAGGGCGACUGUAAAGAGACCGAUAUUGGAUUUGCCGUCUGGAAGUACGGAGACUCUGAAUUCUUUAGCACCUCGGUUUAAGGCUGCAGGCAGUAUAACGCGUCGUUAGGGAGUUAACACUUAACUCUGUCCAUGGUCAUUUGAUUAUUUACCAGCCAAUUGUAUUUUUCUAACGUCAAAGGACAUUUCAAGUUCGAAUAAAAUGCGGAGAAAUUGAUACGCACGAAGAGAUUUAUCUUUUUAACUUUAUGUUAGUGUUCUCUUUGAAUAUUAUAAAUUCUUCUUGUUAAAAUCAGAGCAGAGUUGAAACACAAAUAAAGAUUCGAGGAUCGCAACAGGAUUGGAGAUUGAAAUAACUGGAGAAACUUCGAACUGGAAUAG